CGUUCUAUAUCUGGUCUCACGACGGGCGGCCCGUCGACUGGGGCGCGCGUUAUUUACGAGCCAGCAGGCAAUCGUGACGCAAAAAUUCCUCCCGGAUGAAUUACGCCGCUCGCUAGAUGUUGGAUCGGACCAGACGCCGGCGUCUUCGUUCUGGACGCCUACCAUCAAGACCGGGAACGUCUUCACCGACGACAGUAACAACUUCUUUUCGUCUAGCCACGGCUUGGUUCAGACCCAUCCGUCUGGGAACGUGUUCCGAAGCGGUUUCGGUGGGAUCGAUAAUCUCGGCAGCCGAGGGACGACCGUCAGACCACCGAGGCUGAGACCGCUUGAUUACAGCGAGCGCUCCACCGCCGAGCUACGCCGGAAUCCCUCGCUAUCCUCACCGGAUGAGUGCGCCAGGGCUUGCCGCGAGAACGAACCGCCGAGGAUAUGCUACUAUCACUUCACGCUUGAAUAUUACACCGUUCUCGGAGCCGCGUGUCAAAUCUGCACCCCGAACGCCACGAACGUCGUCUGGAGCGACUGUCAAUGCGUGUUAGCGGACGGCGUGGAGCGAGGGAUCCUGACAGCGAACAGAAUGAUACCUGGGCCGAGUAUUCAAGUUUGCCAAGGGGACAAAGUGGUUAUCGACGUGGAGAAUCAUAUCGAGGGUAUGGAAGUCAGUCUUCACUGGCACGGAAUCUGGCAGAGAGGAUCCCAAUACUACGACGGUGUGCCAUUCGUCACGCAAUGUCCAAUUCAAGAGGGCAGCACCUUCAGAUACCAGUGGCUAGCUGGGAACGAAGGGACCCAUUUCUGGCACGCUCACACCGGACUGCAGAAGAUGGACGGUCUUUAUGGCAGCAUCGUAGUGCGUCAACCACCCAGCAAAGACCCCAAUAGCAAUCUUUACGAUUACGACCUGACCACUCAUGUGAUCCUCCUCAGCGAUUGGUUCCACGAGAACGCCGCUGAACGAUUCCCUGGUAGACUAGCUGUGAACAUGGGACAGGCACCUGAGAGUGUGCUCAUCAACGGAAAAGGACAAUUCAGGGAUCCUAACACUGGCUUCAUGACGAACACGCCAUUAGAAGUGUUCACAAUUACCCCGGGGCGUCGUUAUCGUUUCCGAUUAAUCAACUCGUUCGGGUCGGUCUGUCCGUCACAAAUCACGUUCGAGGGUCAUUCGCUGACAAUAAUCGCUACCGAUGGAGAAGCGGUACAGCCGGUCUCUGUAGACACCAUCAUCUCGUUCUCUGGCGAGCGAUACGACUUCGUAAUAAACGCGGACCAACCGGUUGGCGCUUAUUGGAUCCAAGUUCGCGCGCUUGGCGAGUGUGGGACAUCGAGGUCUCAGCAGCUGGGAAUUCUGCGUUAUGCUCGUGGACCUUAUCAGCCUAGCACCACGACGCCUACUUAUGAUUUCGGCCUCCCACAGGGUGUCGUGCUGAAUCCGCUGGACGCGAUCUGCAACCGUCAACGAGUGGACGCUAUCUGCGUGAGCCAAUUGAAGAAUGCCAAGACGAUUGACCAAGGCCUGCUUCAGCAGCGCCCGGACGUGAAGAUAUUCCUGCCGUUCCGUUUCCUCUUCUACCGCCCAGAAGAAGUCUUCCAGCCGCAGACCUAUAAUCGAUUCUUGGUCGCGCCGACCGGAGAUCACGUAAUCUCGCUCGUCGACGAAAUCUCGUUCACGUUUCCGCCGGCGCCUCCGCUCUCGCAAAUCGACGACAUCCCGCCGGAACAGUUUUGCAACGGCGACAACAGGCCCGCCGACUGUGGCGCCAACUGCAUGUGCACCCAUCAGGUAGACAUCCCGCACAACGCCGUCGUCGAAGUGGUCCUCGUCGACGAAGUGCAACAACCGAACCUGUCGCAUCCGUUCCAUUUGCACGGCUACGCGUUCAACGUGAUCGGUAUCGGCCGUUCCCCGGACAAGAACGUGAAGAAGAUCAAUCUGAAGCACGCUCUAGAGCUCGAUAAGAAGGGUCUCCUUAAUCGGCAGUUCGAUUUCCCACCAGCGAAGGACACCAUCGCCGUACCUAACAACGGCUACGUCAUCUUCCGGUUCCGUGCGGACAAUCCCGGCUACUGGUUGUUCCACUGUCACUUCCUGUUCCACAUACUCAUCGGUAUGAACCUGAUCCUCCACGUCGGGACACACGCGGACCUCCCGCCGAUACCGCCGAACUUCCCCAGAUGCGGUGACCACCUGCCACCCAUCACGCCGCCAUCGUUGCUCAGCAACUACCACUGAUCCGUCCCAGAAGCGAAAAGCAGAAACAGAAUCCAAUAGUGGGUCCAAAGCAUACAAGAUGUGUCUAACGUAGCUUAUUCCUGUAAAGUAGUCAGUACGCAAGAAGAGCAUAGUACAUUUUCCUCGGGAGGAAAAAAUUAAGGAAAGGAGUUAGGAAGAAAAGAAGAAAAUGUGUAGUCAAUCCUGAGACAGACGAACAACCGUGCAGAGUUUCAAUCAGAAAGCCAGCAGAGCUUUUGCAACAAACCGUUCCCAAGAGACUAGUAUUAUUAUUAUUAUUAUUAUUAAUAUUAUUAUUAUUAUUAUUAUUAUUCUAGAUGAUUCUUUUUUAAUGCCACUGCGCGUGAUCACUGUUGUUACAUUUGUGAUUGUUCUUCGAGUGAUCAUGCCCAGUGUGAGGAAAACCAGUCUGGGAACGCGUGUUACUAACACUUGUAACAACUGUGUAAAUAAUGUAGAAAAUAAUCGUUACCAAUUUUUUUUUUUUACUGAGACAUUAACAGAGUCAGGUCCACGAGGGACAUACGAGCAUCGGUUCAACAAAUUUUUAUAUUAUUCCAUGUCCAUGGGACGUAAAGUAAGAAUUUAGGUCUGAGGACUCUAAAUGUCCACUUAUUGUAAUAAAGACAUCAGGACGAGUUCUAAAAAAGUUUUUGAUUCCUUAUUGGGAAAUUAUUGAUCAUUUAGCUGUUUUGUCAAAUUGAUGCUCGUGUGUCUGUAAAAAAAAAA